AUGGCUACUGAAUUGACCGUUCAAUCUGAAAGAGCUUUCCAAAAGGUUCGUAUUAUAUAAGUUAUAAGCUUGAUAGUUGGGCAGGCUCACCAUACAUUGAAUAAAAAUCGAGUACAAGAAUAUGAAGUAAAGUUGGACAUAAAUGAAAAAUUAACCAAAUAUGAAGAAAAAAGAGUCACCGAAGAUUGAAACAGAGGAAGAGGAUCGAUAGGUAUAUGAUAGUGGGUGAAGAUACUGAAAGACAAGAAGAAGAUUCGUAAGUCCAUAAAGGAUGAUAAUGACUACAAUAACUAAAAUAAGAGAGCAGAAGUGACGUGAAAAGUGAAUGAUGAACAUAUGACUUCAGUGUAUGGUGGGAUUGACAACGAAAGCGUUGGAGUCGUGAAGGUGAUUCUCGAUGAAGUGAAAAUUUUUAGAGCGUAACAUACUAACAGACUAUAGCAACCACAUAUCUUUACCAACCCAAAGGCUAAGGCUAACAGAAAGACCAAGAGAUGGUUUAAGGAAGUUGGUUUAGGUUUCAAGACCCCAAAGGCUGCUAUUGAAGGUAACUACGUCGACAAGAAGUGUCCAUUUGUCGGUUCUGUCUCCAUCAGAGGUAAAAUUUUAACUGGUACUGUUGUCUCCACCAAGAUGCACAGAACUAUUAUCAUUAGAAGAGACUACUUACAUUAUGUUCCAAAAUAUAACAGAUACGAAAAGAGACACAAGAACUUAGCUGCUCAUGUUUCCCCAGCUUUCCGUGUCCAAGAAGGUGAUGUCGUUGUUGUUGGUCAAUGUAGACCAAUCUCCAAGACUGUUAGAUUCAACGUCUUAAAGGUUGCCGUUUCUAAGUCUAAAUCUAAGCAAUUUACUAAGUUUUAA